AUGGCGAUCCCUACCUUUCCGAGUUCUUCUGUCCCAGACCUCACUGAAGUCUUGGAGCGACUUGGACUCACUCAGUAUGCUCAGGUUCUAGCUGAGAAUGGGUUCCACAACUGGGAGACGGUUGUAGACAUCACGGAGGACGAUUUAACAGCACUCGAGUUUAAGCUUGGCCACAGGAGAUUACUACAGCGCGAGAUUGCCACGUACCGCGGUAUCCCUCAAUCACUAUCACUGGAGCCAGACAAUAACUCGCCUGAGCCGACGUCAUUAUCGACAUCCGCUUUGGAAAGCUUCACCAGGCAAACAACGUCCCUGCCACCACGAGAGAAGAGGAGGUACAGGCGGCAUCCACGGGCAGACCCAAAUGCGCCAAAGAAGCCAAAGACAGCCUAUGUAAAUUUCGCCGACCAGCUUCGUACCGACCCUGAGGUCAGCCAACUAUCCUUUGUGGAUAUAGCUCGCGAAGUCGGUCGGAGAUGGCAGGAGCUUCCUUCAGAGAGAAAGCGUAUCUGGGAAAGCAAUGCGGCCCGAGCCAUGCAAGAGUUCGAAGCCCAAAUGGACGACUACAAGAAGACGGAUAACUGGCGAAAGUAUCAGGCCUAUCUGAACGAGUUCAAGUCGCAACAAUCAAGUCCGAGCAUUGGCAAACAGCGACCGACGAAUAGUCGCUCAACAACCGACACUUCUAACAACACGAGACAAUACUCACGUGCCAGCCCGAGCUCUUCAGACAGCCCGGUAUCUCUCCAAUCAAGCAGCAUAUCAGCCGGACCCGAAGCCGAAGCAUGCCACAAUGCUCUGACGCUGGCCUUCAGUGAGUUGGUCACUCUCAGAGGCGAGAUACUCAAUGGAUCCGGCCAGCAGUUCAGUCAAGCAUUUUUGCCGACCGAGGAUCGUGUUCGGCGGUCCAUGUACGCGUUCGUACGAGGAACUGGGUCGCUGCUCUUCAUGUGGACUUAUGAUGAGGUUAAUGAGAUACUUGACCGUAUCUACCGGCCCCAAAAGAAGGUGGACGACAUGACACUUGCCGAAUGCUUCACAGUUGCUGCUAUGGGCGCGCAUUACGACAUCGAUGCCUUCCCUGAUCGGAUGCGCCGAUUGCUCUACGCAUCUGGGACCCUUCAUUUCAACGAGCAGACUGCCAGACAAGACUAUUUCCGCACAAUGCGCUUGCUAUUAUCUUUGUCCUUUUAUUCUUUGCUCGAGAAGCACAUGAGCGCCAAGUAUCUUAUCGCUGCAGGACUACAGAUCGCCCGUUGGAAGUAUCCGGCUCUGCAAACUUCGUCUCGCUCAGCAACGGACGACCACUGGAGAAAGAUAUUCCGUAGCCUCGUAUUCAUGGAUUCAUGGCUUGCCUACACCCUCGGUUAUCCCACUGAGGUGACAGCCAGUGACAUCCAGGUCGCCUGCAUUGCCCAUCGCCAAGAUCAGCUGUCCAUCGAUGAACUCAUACACAUGCAAACCAGCAAGAUCAACCUGAUAGCCGCCGAGGUUGCCAAGACACUGGCAUCUCCAGAGCUAGCUACCAAAGGGAACAUCACCAUGCUCACAAUGAAGCUGGAAAAGUGGCGUGAAGAAGUUCCGCAAACGUUACAGAUCCCUACGCUUCUGUCUAGUGCCGCACAAGACUUGACAGUCUUCCAAAGGCGAGCGGUCUUUAUGUUGCACAUCAUGUAUCUUGGUGCACUGGUCCUGCUAUACCGCCAGCUACUAGUGGCUUCAGCAGAAGCCCAGCUUAUCGACGGAAUUCCAUCUGCGUUGAACAACAUUUCAGUCGAAGAUGUCAAGAUAUACCGACAGGAAUGUGCAAUGGCUGCCCAGAACAUUGCUCGCAUAUUGAGCCUUAUCUCCUUUGACGGUACGCUGACAACGCGUUGCUGGAUCAUUAUUUACUGGGCAUUCUCAGCUGCCAUUUGCCUGCUCUUCAGUGCAACGACUAAACUCAUGGACGGUCAAACUGAAGGAGUCGAAGCUGAUCUCACGUACGCCAAGUCGUGCAUGGAUAUGCUCGAGCCAUGUAAACCAUGCGAACCCGUUGCCGCGCGAUACCUGGAGACACUCUGGCCCCUAUACGACCACUUGCAAGAUGUCCAUCGUCGGAUGAUCGGCAGAUCGAAGAGCAGCAUCUUCGCCAUCCUGCAGCCUGAUCCGAGUCUGUUGAGCCCACCCAUACCUGUGUCGAAGCAAGAGAUGGGCCCGAUUUCAGAGAAGCUUACAAUGCUACUUACGGAUCCUUUCGGGAGGAAGCAGACUGCCGACGGCACCCAACGACGCAUCCUUAGCAACGAUGGGUCGUACUCAGUUUUCUGGUUUAGGUGA